AAUUCGUUUACUUCUAAUGGCAAACAAAAGGUUGGAGGGUAAGAUAGCUAUCAUCACAGGUGCGGCCAGUGGAAUUGGCGAAGAAGCUGUCAAAUUGUUUGUUGAAAAUGGAGCAUAUGUUGUUGCAGUAGAUAUUCAAGAUGAAUUAGGCCAUCAACUUGUAGCUUCAAUAGGCUCAGAAAAAGUAACAUACCAUCACUGUGAUGUGAGGGAUGAAAAACAGGUUGAAGAAACUAUCAAUUUCACAUUGGAAAAAUACGGUCACAUAGAUAUCAUGUUCAGUAAUGCAGGAGUAUUAGGCUCUUUAUCCGGCGGGGGAGUGCUCGAUGUCGAUCUGAAUGAAUUCAAGAACACAAUGGCUGUAAAUGUUUAUGGUGCAGCUGCUAUAAUCAAACAUGCUGCUCGUGCCAUGGUUGCAAAAAACAUUCGUGGCAGCAUCAUAUGCACUGCGAGUAUUGGAGCUUCUCUUGGUGGAGCAGGUCCUAGUGGCUAUACAGCAUCAAAGCAUGCUCUUUUGGGACUGGUAAGAGCAGCAUGUAAUGAUCUUGGUGGUUAUGGAAUUAGAGUUAACAGUGUGUCCCCUUUCGGAGUCGCGACGCCUCUUGCAUGUGCACCUUUCAAUAUUGAGACUGAAUUUGUAGAAGCAAUGAUAUGUUCCCAGGCUAAUUUGAAGGGUGUUGUGUUGAAAGCUAGGCAUGUUGCAGAAGCAGCUUUGUUUCUUGCUUCUGAUGAAGCUGGUUAUAUCAGUGGCCAUAACUUGGUUGUUGAUGGUGGCGUCUCUGUGGUUCGUAUGCUUACGGCUUCUCUUUGAAUACCAACAUGAAAGGAUAUAGAUCCAUCUACACUUCAUCGACUUGUGCUCUUUUGGUUUUCUUGUGUUAAAGAUCCUAUAAUUUAUGGUUGCUUUUCUUGAUUUGCUAGUUGAAUUUCUUUAAUAAAUAUCUAAUGUUAAGUAAUGUAUCACAUCUUAAUUAUAUAUAUGUGAGUUCACUUUAUGUGAAAUUAUUGUAAAGUGGUGUGUGAGGUUUAUUAGGAUUUAUUUUGAGGAAAAAAAUAUCA